CACUGCAGCAGCAGCACUGCGCGGAGAGAGCUGUAGCAGGCCUGCGUGCAACCACAGGAAGCUUGCGGUCUACAAAUUGCUCAUUCCUAAUGAUCCCCAUUGCUGCUGAUGAGACCCGACACGAGCUGGACCUGCCCAAAAUGCGCCCAUCAUCUUCAAAAAAAGGAUGUUCGCUCGCUUGUGCGUCCCCGAAGCAAUAUGUCCCGAUAGAAUCAAAGACAGCUAAUUAAAGCAGUGGUUAUCGAUGGUUGCCACUUAAAGGUUCUCAGCUCUUUACGUAAUCUUAUUUUUGCGUAAUUUUGUACCCAGUAUUGAAUGCCUCGUGGACCAGGAUUAUUUUGGACAGGAGAUCUCUACAGAGCUCUCCCUCCUCCCUGCAUCAGUUUUUGUCCUCCACGGCAGACACGGAAGCUCAGUCAGACUGGGGGUUGUUGGUGUGCAGCAACAUUGUAAACAAACAAGGGGCUGUUUUAAGGAAAUCAGCGUCGGUGCUGCAUCCCGGCUGAAGCCUUCAAUCAGCAAUGUACCUGAGAUUCUUCCAGCUGCUCUUCCACAGUUUUUUUCUGAGAAUGGGAUUGUAAUAAGCCUCUCUGGGAUUCAAAAGAACCGCUAGCAUGUUGCAGCCUUCCACAAGAACAGGUGAUAGCCUGUUGGAAAUCUUACCUCACUGGAGUAAAUGUCAAAGAUGGGCUCUAUUCCUUUCCCUCUACGUGGCUCUGCUCUGGUUACCAGAGGCAGCAGGAUCUGCGCUGAACUGUCAUAAGAUGUGCAUCUGCGCCUCAAACAUAGUGAGCUGCUCCAAAAUGAAUCUAACUACUGUUCCCACUAAUCUGCCGCAUUACACUGCUGUGCUGGACCUCAGCUACAAUGACAUAGUACGGCUCCGGUCCGAGUGGACCCCAAAGAAGCUGCCGAAUCUCCACAACCUCCUUCUCAGUCACAAUGAUCUACAUUUUCUUUCUUCAGAGGCAUUCAUCAAUGUGAAGCAUCUGCGCUACUUGGAUUUGUCCUCCAACAAACUGCAGCAGCUGGAUGAGUUUAUCUUUGAGCCUUUGGUCAACUUGGAGGUCCUCUUGCUAUAUAAUAACCACAUUUCUCAGAUUGACCGAUCAGCCUUUACUAGCAUGAUCAACCUCCAAAAGCUGUACCUUAGCCAGAACCAAAUCUCCCGCUUCCCCGUGGAGCUGGUCAGAGAAAAGUCCCGCAUGGAGAAACUCAGCCUGCUGGAUGUGUCGUCUAACAGGAUCAAGGUGUUGCCCAUUGAAGAGCUUCAGACACUGCCUGCCUGGAUUAAAAAUGGCCUCUACUUCCACAGUAACCCUCUGCUGUGUCACUGUGAGCUUUACACACUUCUAGCCCACUGGUACAUUCGGAAGCUCAACUCUGCUCUGGACUUUAAAGAUGACUAUACAUGUGUGCUGCCAGGCCCACAAAAAACUCAAGUAAAAGUUUUUGAUCUCAGUGGUGAAAGCAUGAACUGCAGCACAUUCAAGGAGGCAGAUGAGGAGGCUUUUUUGGAGCAAACACUGAUCCUCCACUGCGAUACCAAACACAGGAACAUGCUAAAGACCUGGACGAUGCCUGGUAAUGUGUUGGUGACACCUGGAAGCAACCAGACAGCAAAAGUCUUGCCAGAUGGCAGCCUGCAGAUAAGUCCAGUGAGGCUUGAGGAUUCUGGGACUUACACAUGCUUUGCUACGAGCGAGGCUUUCAAUGAAACUAUCUAUGUGGUGCUGAAGGUUCACAACUUUACCAUGCACGGGGUGGGGGAGACUUUGAACACAGCUUAUACUACCUUAAUAGGCUGCCUGGCCAGUGUGGUGCUGGUGAUUAUGUACCUUUAUCUGACACCAUGCCGCUGUUUCUGCUGCCCUAACAAGAGCAAGACUCAGGGUGAGGACAGCAUCCAUUCCUCGAUGCUUAGCGUCACUCCGACCCACGAGGACCCAGUGCUCAAGGCUGAGCUAAACAGGCAUGUGGCGUUCAUAGAUUCCAAGGACUUACAAGGCCAAAAUGGCAAGCUCAACCCAAAUGGGGAUGAGGACGAUGAUGAGCUAGAUGCAGAGGCUGGUUCUCUUCUCAAGGGAAAGAGGAAGAAAUCAGUAGCAGAGUCCAUCAGCUCCGUCUUCUCAGACACUCCCAUGGUGGUUUGAGAUGACACUGGCAAAUUGAUGGAUGCCAUAUGACUGGCUGUAUAUGGUACAACAUGAGCCAUGAUUUAGUUAAUGUGAACUGUGACUGUGACCUUGUGGGAGACAACAGUGAAGGGGAUGUUCAUCUGUGGUUGCUGGCAAGUGAAAAAAAGGAACUCAAAGGGAGCUCAAAAGAAACUGACAACUUGACAAUAAGCAGGACUUUUCCAGCAUUUUAAUCUGUAGCAAUUACUUUCAUACUGUGAAAGAAUGGUAUUGUAAAAGGACAUAAAAAAUAUGAGUCUUACGGGAAAGGAUAAGCCGUUGAUAUCAGUACUCAGGAAGGGAUAUGAAGAACUAAAGCGUGGGAAUUGAUAAAAUAAAUAAAUUGAAAACAGAUUUAAAGAAAGAUGAUGGCUCACAUUUAUGAAACCAUGGCUGGUUCAUAAUUAUAUUAAAUAGGGAGGAUUAGAAUAGAUUGCAUCUUACUUAACAUUAGAGCAUAGAUACAUUUACCCCUCCUCUAUUAUCACAGGAGCAGAAAAUGACAUCACGAGUGACAUUCACCUUGAGUUAUCUAUAGUAAAACAGCAUGACAUAAAACCACAUAAUGUGAGAUCCUAGCCUGAUAAAUAUAACCAAGGGAAAAGAAACAUUGAUCCUCAGAUGCUAAACAUAUAAAGAAGCCACAGGUCAUUUUCAUCCUACUUUAUAUCCCAUGUUUAGUUGAAAUAGUUGAUCCUAGUUCGUAGUUUUAGUCAUGUGCAGCCAUAAAGGACAGAGCUGGUUCUUCCUUUACCGUGAUGAGGGAUCGAUUUACAUAGAUUUCUGUUGGAAAGAAAAAGAUUACCAACUUACAGUAUGAAUUAAUCAUGUAUUGAAAUAGCUGCCUUUUAGUUGCUGUAUAUCAACAGUAGGACCCAAAAGAAACAUUUGCAACCUUGCACAAUUAAACACUUGGAACGUCUCCAGCAUAUACACAUUAUGUGCAGAGAAGUAUUUUGUUUUGACUAAUUAUCAACAUAUUGUCUCAAUUCUGUAUACAACAAGGUACCAGAGUCCUUACAAGGAUGAAUAGGCUUCUGGUUGUUGUCCACUGAGGUGCCACUUACUGUAAAGUUUGUCUCUUAGUUAUAGCAUCAGUUUACGUCUGUCACAACACUUGGGUGUUACAUUACCACUGUUAAAGGCUCAGAAACGUAAUUUAUUUAUUCUGUCUGGAAAAUGUGCACAUAAAAGAAAAUGCCACAAAUAUUUUAGAAGUUGAAGUAUGCGAUCUUCCUCAGUGGAUAGUUCCCAUAACAUGUAGCUGUUUUGUCCCGUGUUAGUUAGAAAACAAUCUACAUAUGUUGUAUUUGAAGCAAAACAUUAAAGCUUGGGUAAUAGCAAAACCUUAAUGGUUCCUCCUUGAAAUCAAGCUUAUGAAUAAUACUGAUGAGGCUGUAGAUUACUGGCAUCAAAGAGCUACUGUUAGCAUUUGUAGCUGCUGACAGGAAAUUUCCAAUAACUCGGGGGACCAGAGAUCUUUGAAAAGAUCUCUUAGUCCCAUCAUUUAUAAUUAAAUCUGCUGUAAAAUUAAGAUGCAAGAUGCCUGGUAUGCUGUGCAUAUUUUAUAAACAUCAGAUCAGGAAGCUGCACCUUGGAGCAAUUUCAUUAAACUUUGCAGCGUACGUGUCACAAUAGAGCAAGGCCAGCCAGCCAUAAAUGCUAAUUGCAUGUUUUAAUGGGAAUAAACUUCUCUCUGCUUUCCAUGUCUUUGUCUCUGAGCUGGAGGAGAUUGAUGUAUUGUCAUGAGUCACAGUGACACAAAGGCUUUUUCUCUGGCUCCUUGUACACAGACAGUCUCAGUUCAGCCCAGAUGUGUUUGCUUUGUUUUGGUACCUUUGUCAUUAUGAAACUGCCCUUUCUUAGGUUCAAACGCAAUCAUUCAACCAGGCAAUGAAUGCUAUGCCCUUUAAGUAGUCUGCAAUUUAUUUAUGAGGGAAACGCCUGAGCUUUCACUGAGCCUUAGCACUUCCAACUGAGUGAUAUGGUUGGAAAGUACUUUAUGAUCUCAGAAUUGAUUAUGCUUUUAAGUUCCUGCUCAAAAAAAAAGUUCCAUGGCAUAGGCCUACAUUAGGAUUAUAAAUAACAUUAAGUCACAUCUUGUGACUAAAAAUCAAUUUAUUUCUGGAUGCAAUGUUUUUACGUAAAAUUAGUGGGAUAUUCACAGCUGCUGUGUGCACCGCAGCAUAUCCUGUGUGGGUGAGAAAAGGAAGUCACACUUGUCAGAGAGGUGGUGUGUGAAUCACUUCACUCUGUCACAUAUUGGAAUACCAGGUGGAGGAAUAGACAGCAGCAAAAAUACCAAGACACACUUAAUUAAAGCCACAUUUAGCACUAUUGCAGAAUGAUAGCAUUUGGCCAAGAAUCUGUCACAUUUUAAGGUUUGUUUUGUUUUGUUUCAUCCUCUAGAGCAGAAAUAUAUUUGCUCAUAUAUUUGUUCCAUCAUCAGAUUUCAAGGCUUGGCCACCCAGGACAGCAUGAAAGGCUAACAGCUGAAAUCUUGCACAGAUAAUGCCGCCACUGAGUAGCACAGUAAAUUACCCUACCAUUGUGGAAAAGUGUUUUUCUUGCUAGAACAUAUUGUUGAUCCAAUUAAAUCUGCUGUGGCUGAUUGGUGUUCUAGUCCUCUGUAUUGUUCCUCAAAAUAUAUGUUGCAUUUCUGUAUAGAGACGAACUAAGUGCUUUUGCUAAGGUCCUGGCAUAAGGGAGAUGAGUGACUUUGUUCUCUCCAAAGCAAAUCUGCCUUCCUGUAUAUCUAUAUACAAUAUAUAUACAUAUAUGUAUUGAGACUUUCUGUGUUCAGUAUUUAUUAGUUGUGUACUAUGUUCUGCCAGUGUAUUCACUAUUCUUCUGUAUUCUGAUGUUCAUUUAGCAUUUUGUCUGCCGUUGUGCUACUGUUAGUUACUUCAACAUCCAAGUCUUAUUAUAAAUGUUUAAUUUUUAAGCAGGGUGGGGCUUAGUUUUUUAUUGAAAGAAGGUGUAUCUUACACCUAACUGGUAAAACAAAUAAUAUUAAUAAUAAAAAGAUGGUUUAAGGGAAACAUAUUUUAACAUUGACCUAAAUCUGUAUAAAAAAGUGCCAGUUUUUAAGUAACUUAGGAGCUGUAUCCUAAUGGGCAGUGAAUACUGUAUGUAGCCACCAGUUGUAAUUGGUCAGUAUUUGACUUUGCUCAUGAAGCCAUAAGCAAUUAAAAACACAGUGCUUUACCAGAUUGAUGUCAUAUCAGAUGAUGUAGGAAGCUGUGGGGAGGUGUGUUCUCCAACAGAGCAAGGGAUAUGGAAAAACUAUAAGAUCUCUCCAAUGAAUUUACAAAAUGUGAUUGGGUUUAAAUGGCUUAAUAGGCUAUGGUAAAUAAAUUUCCUCAGGACAUUGUUGAUCCUAAUGACAUUUAACGACUGCAUUUUUAACAUUGCCAUAUUUGCUUUAUCACCAAAGUUUGCAGGCCCUUUUUUUCAUCAAGAAAGCCCUUAAGAAAGCGCUCUCUCUUGCAAUUAAGGGAACAACCAUGAGGUGGUGAGGCUAAUAGCUUGAGGCUUUAACAGAGUGCUGCAAUGAGUAUCCAUAAGACAAGAAGGGAGCUUUACGCAGCACUGAAAGCACUUUGUUUAUAGACCACAGCUUCAAAAAUGAGAUGGUUGGUCACUGCCAUAAGAGUUGAAAAGCCUCACAGCUUUAGCGUAAUGGCUUUGCAUGAUAUGCUUGAAAGCUUGACUGCAGGAUAGACGCAAACCAGUAGGCAUCAAAUAAAAAAGAUCAUUUUAAAAAAACUAUCAACUGACCUAAUAAAAGAUAAAAAUUU